UUCAAACCAGCCAGGCAGCCAACCGGAGAGCUGAAGGGGCGGGCCCGGCCGCGAGCUUUGCGGGUAAAGUUGCUGUGGCGGGUAGGGCUGUGGAAAACAAGAGGCUAUCAAGUGCGUUGGAAACGACCCAUUCGACUGCGGCGAAGGAAGGUGAUCUGUGCGUUUUACUUGACCCCCCUCUCUCGACGUCGCCAACGGCCGCUGCUUCUCUUCCUCAGCUCCACCAGGCGAGGGGCUAAGUACCACAAACGUGUAAUUUUUACCCCCACCCUUUCUUAGAAAAGCGGGGCUGGGGCGGCUUGAGCUCUGGGGCGCGGCUGAGAAACGGUGACUGGGCUGUUUGGGGCUGACGCGACCCGGGAGCCGUGGGGCAGGCUGAGGGGGCGAAGGCGUCGGGGGUUUUUCGGGCAGGAAAGAGUUUGCGCGAGGGGAGGAAUGAAUUUCUAGCCUCUCCGAGGCCCGUGAAGAAGCCUCGAAAGAGCGGUUGGUGGUGAGGCGCGGAGGAGGGGGGGGGCGAAGUAGUUUGGGCGGGAAAGUGUCGCCACAGGCCGUGGGGGGGGGGCGCGAGGGGAGGAAGGCCCGGAAUGCGAACCUCAUUGUAAGCGGCCGCUGCCUCUUUUCCGCGUUGCUUAACUCGUUAAUUUUCCCUCCCUCUUUUUUUCGGCCCCCCCCCCCCGCAACCCACCCAGCUUUCCCCACCGAUCAGGGACCGUUGCCGCAGCCAUGGGCAAAGGCGACCCGAACAAGCCCCGGGGCAAGAUGUCCUCGUACGCUUAUUUCGUGCAAACGUGCCGCGAGGAGCAUAAGAAGAAGCACCCGGACACUUCGGUCAACUUUUCCGACUUCUCCAAGAAAUGCUCCGAGAAAUGGCGGGUAAGCAAGAAGCGGCUCGGCCAGGCCCAGCUAGGGCCCGCCUCGCCUGGCGUUGCUCGGCUAGGCGCCGCCUCCCAGCAAGCUCCCCCCUCCCCCUCCCAGCGGCGUUGGCGCGCGUUGCAGUUGCUCGCGCCCGCCCAAGGGCUUAAAAGGCGGGAACGGAGCUGGAGUCGGGCCUGCCAGCGGGCCCGCCUGAUAAACAGCUUCCCUUGCUCCUCCACCCCCUUGCCGAGCUUUUUUCGGCGGCCGCAGUUUCUAACAGUGCGAAGUUGCAGGAGCGGCUGGGUUUUGUAAACGGGGAUGGAAGGAAUAGAGCAAGUUCAAAGUUUACUAGGCUGUUAGCAUGUUUUUAAAAAGGCAUGGUGAAACCCCGCCUGUAAAUUUGUAAGGAGAGUUCUUUGAAAUGUUGCAACAAUAAAGGCUGCUGUGCAUUUUUAAGCUACUUCCAAACCGCGUUUGCCAAAUUGUGUCUCCUACUCCCCACGUUAAAAUGCUUUUCAUUACAGUACAUUACAGAAAACUAUUGGAUGUUCUGAGUAUUUCCAUAAUACUCUUUGAACUCCUCAGCUCUUCGGGACAGACUUGCAGAUUGCCAGGAUAGCUUACAAAAGCAAAUUUGCUAAAGUUAAGCAGAUUGAAAAUGGCCACCUACUGGAAUGUCUUAAUGUUUGCACCUUCUUGCCCGUGCCUCCUUCACAUUCUCAUUAAACUACAAUUUAAAGGAACUGGAGGUUCACAUACCAACUGUAGGUUUGGCAGUGUAGUUUUACUUAAGCCUUCCCCACUUUAAAUCAGCAAGAAAUAUUAAUAAAUGUUAGAUAUGUGUAUAUUUGUUCCAGGCAGUUUCUGGGGUAUUGGAAAAGGAAUAUCUUCUGUAUGGUCUGUGGGAGGAACAGAAUAUUAUUUUGCCCAUUCUUGGACUUGUAAUAAAUGCUUGUGCUCAUCGGUUGUAUGAUAAUUCUGUAAGUCCCAACUCAUUCUUACAACCAUUGUUUGGCAGGAAUUCAUUUUUUUCCUUUCUAGUGUCUGUAGCUAAACAAAAGGCUUUAAAGCAAAUCUGGAAAAAUAGGAAGUAGCAUAGUGGAAAAAACAAACUGGCUUGUUUGGAUAUGGUGCCUGCCUUAUCGUUGACUUCUAGUAUAUUGUUGUAGUUUUUCUUAACGUAUAUAAUAUGUGGAGAUGUUGCUCCCAGUAUUUAGUGGAUGGUUGUUGCCAAGGCCCCCAAACCUUAAAUAUAUGUGGUUUUAACAUCCAUUUUUCCCCUCCCUACAGACAAUGUCAGCAAAAGAAAAGGGCAAGUUUGAAGACAUGGCAAAGGGUGACAAAGUUCGCUAUGAUAGGGAGAUGAAAAGUUAUAUUCCUCCUAAAGGGGAGAAGAAGAAGAAGAAGGACCCCAACGCCCCCAAAAGACCACCGUAAGUUUAUCAAAGAUAUGAUUUUUUUGGUCUGCAUGUAAGUUAAUUUCAAAAUGAGUGGAACAUUUCUAUCAUCCCCUUAAUCUGAAAUCAUGCCAAGUUGUCUGACACAGUGUCCUUGUUCAUCCUGUAGAUCUGCUUUCUUCCUGUUUUGUUCUGAGCAUCGCCCAAAGAUAAAAAGCGACCACCCAGGCUUGUCUAUUGGUGAUACAGCAAAGAAACUAGGCGAAAUGUGGUCUGAGCAAACAGCAAAAGACAAACAGCCCUUUGAGCAGAAGGCAGCAAAACUAAAGGAGAAGUAUGAGAAGGUAAUGUGUUCCUUUUAGUUUUCUCUUAAUGUGCAUUAUGGUUUUACUAUUUGGGACCUUGAAUUGCCAACUGAAAAUUAGUGUUGAUUAUUUAGCAAAAGUUAAUGUUGGUACAGUAAUGACCUAGAAAAUAGCCUGAGGGUACAGUUUCUACUGGUGAGUCUAAAUGGUACUGGCUCUGAGAACACUACUAGAAGACCACCUAAGGAACAGCUCCCUUGGCGGAAAACUAUGCAAAAGUAACUGGUUUCAGUAAAAAGCAAAAGUCUUCCAGUAGCAUCGUUUGCUGUUUUUAAGGUUCAUAGUCUUACAUUAUAUGUUGUUGUAAAGAGACAUGGCGGCAAGGAUGAUUGCCAUGGGGAGAGUGAUAGAUGCUGUGAGCAUGUUUUGAAAGUGUCGGGAAGCAACCCAAAGAACAAAUGGGAAGAAAGUCCAAUUUAUCUUUCUGCAGAUGUGUUUUUUCAAACUAAAUUUUGCAUUGCUGUUGCAGGAUGUUGCAGCAUAUCGUGCCAAGGGGAAGGGUGAUGCAGGAAAGAAAGGUCCAGGUAGGCCAGCAGGCUCCAAGAAGAAAGUAGAACCUGAAGAAGAUGAUGAUGAGGAAGAAGACGAAGAAGAGGAGGAAGAUGAGGAGGAGGAGGAAGAUGAAGACGAAGAGUGAAGUUAUAAAGCUGCUGUAAAGAUUUUGUGCUCAAAAGUCAAUGAUUUUGCUAAGAAUGUGAAGUCGAGUGCAGCUCAUUGUUAGCUUCAGUAUAAAAACUGUACAGAAUUGUGUAUAGGUAAUGUGAUUGUAGGGAGACCUGUAUUCUAAUGUAAGUAGUAGCUGAAUGCCACUACUGUUAGAUUUUUAAAAGCUGAUAUUGUCAAAUGUUCAGGCAUAUUUAAUGGUUCUUUGGAUUCAGUGACAGCUUGAUUUUGAGCAGAGUUAAAAAAAAAUGGUAGUAAAAUUGGUAGUCAACCUUGUCUUGCAUACUAUUGCAUUGUAUUACUUUUUUAACAAUUUUGUAAUAAAAUGAUGUACAUUAUUCUUGUUACUAUACUGUAGUGUUAAUUUGCUUAAACAGUUGGAAAUGAUAGCAUAUGCCUGUGGUAAUGUCAUGAAGGGUAAGGUAACCUUAAAGCAGCCUUCUCUCAAUUGGUACGCUCAAAAAAUUUUGAGCUGCAACUCAUUUUCCUUGACAGUUUACUCUUUCUGAAUUUAAGGGCAUUUGUCCAGAACAUUAAUAAGGCAUGAGGUUGGAGAAGGCUGACUUAGAGAAGCCAUGUUAGACUUAAUUCAUGUUGCAACUUUUGAGACUGGAGUAAUUACAAGCAACUUUCACAUAAAGCAGAAGUGGGCAACCUGUGGCCCUUCAUAUGUUGAACAGCAAUUCCCUUCCCUGGCUAUGCUGAUGAUAGUUAUUCAGGAACAAGGGCAGGGCCAGAGGUUCCCCACUCCCAGUUGUACAGCAUUGCAAAUGUUCCUCUGCGUAACUAGGACUGUGUAUCACAUGCCUCUUAAAGUGGUACUCUGAAGUGGGGCUUGUAGUAUGAAAAAUCUUGUGUAAGUUCAGACCUGAAAAGUCUGUAGGAGAAAAUUAAAAUGUCAAAUUUGGCCACAUUAGAGAUGAGUUGAUUUAUUGUGCAGCAAUGGCAUGAUACAGCCAUGGGUUGGUUUUGGAUGUUGCUUGAUUUGAGGUUAGUGUGGCACAUGUAGAAGGUAAGGAAUAACCACUUAACUCCCUAAGCUUCUCCCUUCAUACUACAGGCUUAAUGGGGGCUAGCAUUAAGUGCACCUUUUUGAAAAUGCUUAGAAAUAUGCUGCACUGAGUUCUGUGUUUGCGGCUUCCCAUUUUAAGUUACAAAUAUUGCUUGUGUGUCAGGUCCAUAGUUGUAUAAGGAAACACUUAAUUCCUAUAAAUCAGAUACAUGGCCUUCCUGUUGACAAAGUUGUCCAGAAAUACUGUAUUGCAUGAUUAGUCUUCCAAAAUUUUUUUUUACCAGAAGCUUUUGGGGGGAUGUUGGAGAUUAAAACUCGCUCAUUGUAGCUAGGGGACCCCUCAAUAUAGUGCAGUACAGGAGCCAUUACUGCAUUCUUGCUUGUAGACAAGCUUUCAUAGGUAGUGGUGUAAAGACUACAUGAUUCUAGACUAGGAUUGGGGAACUUCAGGCCUGGGAUUUAAAUGGCCUCCAGAUUCCAAGUCAUGCUGCUUCGUUAUCUGCUCCAUGCCCUCCUUGAGUGCUUCUGCAUGACUGGAAUCAGUCAGUGAACAGAGAUCCUGAACUGCAGUAAUACUUAGUUUGCUCGGAGACACUCUUGUGGCUGGGAAGUAACAGUUUCUGUACAAAACUCACUUUCCUCCAGCCAAACAUGCAGCCCCUAUAAGGUUGCCUACAAAAGGGAUGGACAGUUGAAAAGGUUUCCUGUCCCUGUGCAAGACUAGUUGGCACUGAUGUUUACAUCAGAUCUUUUAAAUGAAAAAUGUAACUAUUUGGCUGAUUUAUUGCCUUCAGGACUACUACAUUAAUACAUUUUCAUAGCUUGCUAAUGAUGCAAAGUUACUGGUUCAUGUCUUGGAAACUCUCUUCCUCGUUUUAACUUAAGAAUAUUGUUUUGUAGUAGCUAGACCUUGUAUUCUGUAGGUCCUCAAUACAGAGCCUGGGCUGACGUAGAAAAUCAUACUUUUAACCCUCGUUACUGCACUGACACAGUAGAUACAAAGCAUCCAUUAAAGGUUCUGUCAGUGAAUAGUGCUGGCAAUAUCUCUAGGCCUUGGGUGAUGCUACUGGUAUGGCUGUUUUACACGCCACUUCAAAAGUUCAAUGGUGCACGCCAUAGCUAUGCCAUAGCAUUUAAGUGAUCUUCAGCAUACACUCUUACAUAAGAUCUGCUCUGUGCACAAAGCUGUAUGAGGUGGUAAGAUUGAAUUUGAGAUUAUAGGUGAAGGUGUGCCAUACUUCAAUGCUUUAUUGAAAGUUCAGAACAAAAGAACUAGUUUCCUGCUCUGCUAGCUACUACUUGUUGAGAGUGAUGUGUCAACUAGAGCACUCAAAAAUGUGAUCCCCACAUACAAUUUAAAUCAGUCAUUCUAUUGCAGGAUUUUACAACUUGCAUCAAAUCUUGUGCACAGCAUAGUUGCUCAAGGGUAUCUGAUCUGACCUGCUGGACUUGCAGUGUUACUGUGUCUUCAUACCUUAAAUUUUGGAAGAGGAAGAGUGCAUCCUAAAAGUUGGCAAGUUGCCUCAUGACACUGGUAUGCUUUUGAACUGCUAGGUUGGCAGAAGAAUGGCAUCAUAAACCUUGCCACAUCACUUAAGAGAAAUCAUGCUAUAUGCUUUUGUAGGUGAACAUCUUCAUUGCAGGAUCCUUUUUUCCAGGAAUUUCCUCAUGCAGCUAACUGUACUUGAGCCUAUAAGGUGGACCAAUAUGCGGUAUUUAUAAUCUAUUGCCUACAAGAUAAGCAGAGCAAUCCUAACCCCUGAUCUGUAGUAGCAUAAGGGGUUAGAAAGUGGCGGUAGUAUCUCACUGCCUAAUUCUGUUGAGCUCAUCUAGGCUUUGAGGCCACCACUGCACCUAUCAAAGACAGAGGUGGGUAGAAGCUACUAACAAUGGUAUUCCCACCAGUGGAAAGCCCUGGAAUGGGGCAUUUUGUUGUUCUCUUCUGUUAAGCUCUCACCUCUUAGAACCCUUCUUGAUAAAUACCCUAAAAUAGAGGCAGCAAAGUACCCUGGGAAAGAGUUUCUCUUAUGGCUUCAAGAUCCUCGUUUCAUUACUCCCUAACUAGGGAACCCUUCCCCCCAAACCAAAGAAUCAGUUUGGGAAAUGCCAGCUAUUGCAAAAAAGAAAUUAAAGAAAUUUCUGGCCGGGAGGGUGGCCACCUAUAGCGGGGUUUACUCAUUCCACCUUUAGGCAUUGUCCCCCCAUAGACUCCAGGAGAGUAUCCUAUGAUCCACAACCUACCCUACCCUAGAGGUGGCUCAGUCAAUGAUGCAAUACCACAGAAGCCUUGUUCUGGGAAGUAUGCCUCCUUUGAUCAGGCUAUAAAGCGUAUGCGCAGGUUCAGCAGGGGCGCUCUUGGCUAAGUGCGACAUUGAGUCGACUUUCCGUCUCCUGCCAAUUCACCCUGAGGAAUUUCUAUGGCUAGGUUUUGGAUUUGAGGGGGCUUAUUCCAUAGACAAAUCUAUGCCGAUAGGGUGCUCAGCAGCUUGUGCAGCCUUUGAGUCAGUUAGUACAAUUUUGGACUGGGCUCUUCGCCUUAGAUCUGGUUCUGAAGGGGUGACCCAUUACCUCGAUAACUCUUCCGCGCCCCCAUCAUUAGUAAUAGCCCUGAUUGCGCUUCUCCUUUAGAGGCUUUCACCUCCCUGGCUGAGGAGCUUGGGGUACCUUUGGUGGCAGACAAAACAUAGGGUCCAGUUUUGACCAUAACCUAUUUUGGGUAUUGAAUUGGACACAAUUGCACAGACAUCCCGCCUACCAAGGGAGAGGCUAGCAUUAAUUCUGCAACUUCUUCCCUCAAGAAGAUCACCCCAGGCCAGCGUCACUUCACGCGUCGGUCACCUCAACUUUGCAUGCUGGGUAGUGUCCCCUGGCCGCCCCUUUUGUGGGCGAUUGGCUACGCUGUCAGCGGGACUGCGUGCUCCGCAAAACUGAGUGCGCCUCUCUAAAGUGGUCAAGUCAGACUUGAAGGUUGGGUUGAAGUUCCUGGAAAAGUACAAUGGCAUUUGCGUGUUGACGAGUUCAGGAAUCACCAGGUAUCCUUCUGGACCGACAAACGGUUGUCAGUGUCCCGUCAAAGCAAUUCUCGCACUCUCCUAGAUCUGCCCCGGACCUUUGUCCUUUUGUGCUUAGAAUUAAACAUCUAUUUCUCUACCAAAUUUACCCCUAGGGUUGACAAUGACAUCACAGAUGCUCAGGCGCAGCAAAUUGCCACAGCCAUUCCGGGAGCACCUUUGGAGCCUUGGGAGCGUGAUGUCUUGAAGGGAGUAUUAGCUCCAGGAGCCCCGUCCACGCGUAGAUCUUUUAAAAAGGCUUGGUUGGACUUUACGAAGUUCCAAGGCAAAUUUAU